GAUAUCAAGAUUUCCAGAACAAUAAAUUCGAUCAGAGUAAUCACACAUGCCAAGUUAUAACUUCCAAAAGGUGACUAAUUAGUCCACUAGUAACGAAUUAGUGGUACUUUUUAUUAACCGUGUAGAUUGGGGGAAAUUUUAAAGAUAGUAAAAAGGGAUUUAACUAGCGAAUGACCACUAACGCAAUAAGGAUUUUUCUUAAUGAAAUAAAAAAAUAUUUAUCGCUGUAAAAAAAAAGUUGAUCCUUCCCUGCAUUUUGCAAAUGUGACAACGCUGUCAUGCUCGUAGCCACUUGUUUUGUUUAUUUUCUUAUCACUUGAAAUUCAUUUUCUUCGUCAACUUGAAAUUCCAAAAACUAUCGCAUAUUUUAUUAUCUAAGUAUUAUUAGCUAUUGUUCAUACAGCCAGCAGUUGAAAAGCACAUAUUAAAGUGAUUUCACUGUCUUUGGAGCCUUCCUUCAAAGUAAAAUGGAGUAUGGCGGUAAGUCAGUUACAUUCGAUAGGAAAGCCGUGUUGGGUAAAGGAGCUACUGCUGUCGUUUUCUCUGGCACAUGGGGCAACCAAAAUGUCGCUAUCAAAAGAGGUGAAUUGCCUAAAUUGAACGUUCGCGAGGAAAGCAUCAUGAAAGCCAUUGGGCAUCAUGAAAAUGUCAUUGAUUGUUUUGGCAUUUUGAAAGACUGCGAUUUCAUAUACAUCAUUUUAGAAUUGUGUGAUUUUACAGUGGAAGAAUAUUGCCAAGGAGUUUACAAAGGAAUUGUACCUCCUGAUUAUCAAGCCCUUUACCAGAUGGCGGAUGGACUACACUUCAUUCACUCCAAGAACCUUGCCCAUCGCGACAUAAGCACACGCAACGUGCUUAUCAAGUUAACUGGUGACAAGGUCGUGCUGAAAAUAGCUGACUUCGGGGUUUGUAAAAUUGCUUCCAAUAGCGGCAGCCUGUCGAUGAGUGGUGAUGGAUGCAAAGGAACACUCCCUUUUAUUGCUCCCGAGCUGCUCAAACAGAUGCAAGAUGAUAACUAUCAAGAAUCAAAUGAAAAUGGAGUAAGAGGGCACACCAGCAACGACAUUUUCUCCUUGGGUUGCGUAUUUUACCGAUUUCUCACUAAAGAUGGACAUCCCUUUAUAAAAGGCUCGGUGAAACUGUGUUAUCUCACAAAUAAUCUGAUUAUUAAAUUGAAUAUUCUCGAUAACAAACAAUCUUUGGAAGGAUUGAGUGAGGAUCAAGCUUUUGCCAAAGCUUUGAUAGUAAAAAUGAUUCAUCCGGAAAAAAAAGAAAGACCCCUACUGGAAGCGGUAAAAGAAGAAUUGUAUUCACAUUUAAAUAGCAUAGAUCUGCAUUCAAACUGCACUCCUUCUGUUCCAUACUUAGUUGAAGGUGUUUAAAUUCGCCAUCACAUAUGUUCAGUUCUUUAUGAUGGGCUAAAGUCACAAUUGUUCAUUGUUUCAAAAGUUUAGGAAAAUGCUGAUUUGGUAAACUAAUAUCUUUUUGUGUUUGGCAAAUUUUCUGUUUAACUUUUUUCCCUUCAACAUAGUCAUGCUGUCAUGGCGAAAAAGAAGUUCACUUAUUACACUCUUUAUCGUUUGUAUAGUAGUAUAACAUGGCAAAGGGUCUUGUAACCAAUAACUUGCAAGUUGGGAGAAUGAGUCUGUCCUUAUCUUCUUUCGGAUUUAUCGCAAUCGCACCAUUCUCGGUUGCUACGUGAGUAAUUAAACGUCAAAGUUUGGUGCUAUGGUGCGUGAAGGAAGGCAAGGCAUACGGCUUACAGACGAAGUAAGUUGUAAUACAAAUACAGUGUUAGGAACAGGAAGGGUUGCGUGUGUUUUUCCUGGAAUGAAAGGAAACUGUAAAGUAGCCAUUAAAAGAAUUCAAAAAGAAAAUUUCAACAAACUGGAGGAAAGUUGCAUGAAAGCUCUGAAUCAUCCCAAUGUCCUGGAAUUUUUUGAUCUUAUAGAAGAACAACACUUUACGUACAUAGUCUUGGAAAUCUGUGACGCUACAGUCGAAGAUUAUUGUCGAGGUGAAUACAAGGGGAAAGUGCCAAGCGAUCGCUCCGCCUUGUUUCAGAUGGCGGACGGAUUGGAUCACAUUCAUUCGAAAGGUUUUGCUCACCGCGAUAUCAGCUCCAAUAAUGUGCUCAUCAAGUUAACUGGCGAUGAGGCCGUAAUGAAAAUUUCUGAUUUUGGAGUAUGCAAGCCGGCUUCCGAAACCAAAAGUUUUUCGAUGAGUGGUGAUGGUGUUAAAGGAACAAUUCCAUUUCUGGCUCCCGAGUUGCUCAGACAGAUGCUAAGUGUUGAGAAUCAUCAAGAUACAAAUGAGGGUCGAAGUGGAGUAAGAGGGCACAUCAGCAACGAUAUUUUCUCCUUGGGUUGCGUGUUUUACAGAUUCCUCACUAAAGACGGACAUCCCUUUAUGGAAGGCGUGGUGGAAAGUUCUUUCAAUAGCAUAAUCUCUAAGAUUAUGUCGAAUAUUCUCGAAAACAAACAAUAUUUGGAACGUUUGGGCGAGACUCAAACUUUCGCGCAAUCUUUAAUAGAAAGGAUGAUUCAACCCGACAAAGACGAAAGACCUCAGAUCAACAAGGUUAAACAAGAAUUGAAUUCUCACUUGCAUAAUUAAAUCUAUUACAUGUGGUUUAUAUUCGAUAAAACACGGCUAAGUAACAAUUUGCGCCUGAUUCAAACGGAAAAUUGCUUUUGAAUGAAUAUGGUAUCUUUUUGCAUUAUUCAUGCAAUGUUCUAGUUACCCUAAUUGUAUGAUAAUGUAUGAUGUAUUCAUAAUCUUAUAACGAAUAAUUUUGAUUACGAGUUACGACCAUUGAUUAUAUAUCCUAAAAAAGGAAACAAAAUUCACGAAAUAUCUUAACAUUUAUUUAAGCAGUUUUUUUUAAUUCUUCCGCUAAAGUCUUCUGUCGCUAGAUGGUGUGUUUGUCUGUUUGACUGUUUGUCGUCUGCUUGUCUUCAUUGGAUUUGAAGACUGGAAGAGAACUGUUAUGUAAAUUUUUACUGUGUGUGUAGGCUACUUGUCUAGCAAAUUAUAACUAUUCAGUAUUGAGAUUCUGGUUUUCCAUACCAUUUAAACCAAAACCAAAUAUUACAGACCUGUGGUGACUAACUGACUAAUGCUGGGUCUAUUUUCCCAAAGCUGAUUACUCGGCCGUGAAAGUCAACAUUCAUUCUUCGAAACAGUGGAAACACCACAGGUACAAUAGUCUACUUGUGAUUCCUUGCAGCUUGAUGCAAUUGAUUAGUUUUUGAGGACGAGGUAACAGGCAACGUCGAAGCGUUAAUAAUGCGAAACAUUCCUCAAGGGACUAAGUCUCAGCUAUAGUUUGCCAUAAAAUAUCAUUUUAAAAACACGGGCAUCAAGAUCUGUGAAUAUGUUAUUAGUCUCCUCAAUCUUAUGGGAAAAAAAUAUCACCAUUCAUUCAUGCGGAACUUACUAAAAUAAGAUGUCAUUCACAAGAGAUUUUCAAAGAGUUUAUGGGCCCCAAAAUGUGUUUUUUAUUUUUAAAUUAACCCCCAGGUUCAUGCGUGAACUCUGGCAAAUACUACAAGUGUUUGCGUGGAAGAUUAUCCCGUUCAUUUAUGUUUAUACGUUACCUUACGUCCCUACCCAGCUUAAUCAGAGUAACCUGGUUUAACAUACUAAGUGGGGCGUUUGUCAUUUGUUUUGUGUUUUAAAAUUGAUCACAUGGGAAACACUCGUAAAAAUGUGUCGCCGUUUAACGAGUUGGACGUUGGUGUAAUCAAGUAGUCUGUGGUGUAAUGGUUUUUCAUGUUUUCGUGGUCAGGUUUUGAGACGGUCUUACUUGCGUGUGUGUGUGAAGAAUUGAAAUGUAAACGUUUUUCUAUCUGUGCAGGGCUAAUCGGGGCUAAUGGCGGUUCGUUGUCAAAAGUUUAGCCACAGCUAUAUUUCUUCAUAGAUUAACCAAUUAAUUUGUAGGAGGAAACGUGUAAGGGGCAUGCAGCCAACUGUCAACUAUUUUGUUCAAAAUCAUUGUAUGAUUGUAUCGCUGUCACCCAAAUGAUAAGGUGUCAUGGAAAAAAUGGCGAAUUGAUAGUCUACUCUGAAACCUCGUGGACACAUCUGAAAAUGAUCAAAGGAAAGUACCUAGAUAAAGAAUUGUUUGUAAAAAACAAUACUUUUCAGCCAUUAUCUAAAACAAAAGUAUAGUAGUAUAAUUUCCUAUUUCCAAUUUGGUUGAAGGUCAUGCGGUGGUGUAAGGUUGGGUGAGAAUUGAGAAAGACACGUGUUACAUCAUUAUCAAGCAGAUAGAAUUGCUGCAAGGCUUGAGUUGAGAGGUAAGGUUGAAAGAAAGUUUUCUAUUUCCUAUGAAUUUGGUUGAAGGUCAUAAGAAACAUUACGUAUAAAUGUCAUGCGGUGGUGUAAGGUUGGGUGAGAAUGACACGUGUUUCAUCAUUAUCAAGCAGACCCAUCCCCAGCAACGUCAUCCUGCAGAAGGAAAGGCCAUUUUGCAUUUCAAUCGAAGGUCAUGGAGAUCAUUACGUAGAACGUGUCAUGCAGUGGUGUAGAGGUUGGGUGAGAAUGGGGCGUUUUUCAACAUUAUCAAGAAGGUAGAAAAGCCGCAAGGUUUGAGAGGUGAGGGUGAGAAAAAAAUCGUAUAAAAGGAGAGAGAAACGGCAUUAGAAAUCAGUCAAGUGAGCAUCUCCGACCCGACAACAACUGUAUUAUUUGUCACCAGUUGCAUUCUUCCCGUUCGUAAUCGUAGUCAACUAUAGGGUCGUUCUGCUGUUGGUAAUCGUUGAUGGAUGGGUCGACCACUGGUGUACCUGUGUUUCCUGAGGAUGGCGGGUACCAAACCGUAACGCCGUUGUCUUUCUACCGAACAACACUGAGAAGGUCGAAUGUUACACAGCCACGUAUGCUGCCCCAGUUUACUACACCGAUGGGCACAAGUUUUACUCUACUUCAAGCUAUUACCAAACAGAGGCUUCUGACUACACUAAGACCCCCGAGUAUUAGACCACAAGCUACGAUUCUCCACUACGCACGGCAAUAACUUGAGUGCUCUAUUCAUCACGAUCUGCAGUCAACAAUUCGCAAUCAUGCUUAUUUUAGUGUCGUGCUGCUGUUGGGUGUUAUCGUGCUAUCGUUGAUAGCGGGUGGACCACUGCUGUACUGAACUCCACCGAAGUUGGGUGAGAACUACACGCGUUGCAUCAUUAUCAAGUGGGUGCAAUAGCCGUUAGGCUUUCAGGAUGAGAAAAAGUCGUAUUAAAGUUGAGGGAAAACGCGAUGGAGAUGAGUCGAGUGAGCAUCUCCGACCCGGCAACAACUGAAGAACUAUAUUUGUCAUCAACUGCAUUCUUUAAAUUCUCAAUCAUGGUUGACUAUGGCGUCGUUCUACCGUUGGUUAUUGAUUAUUGCUGGGUCGACCACUCUUGUACCGAUGUCUUGUGGGUAUGGAGGAUACCAAACCACAACGUCGCCGCCUAACUACUCAACAUACGCAACAACCAGUUACUACACCGAGGCCCACAAGUACUACUCCGAUCCCAGCUACUGCUACUAUAUCGAGGCAACAAAGUACUACACCAUCAAGGCCACCAAGGCACCGUAGUAUUUCACCACAACAUACGCUGCUCCAGCUUACUACACCGAGGCUCCCAAAUAUUCUCCAGCUGUCUACACCGAGACCCCCAAAUUAAACUCUGCACCCAACUACAUGACCAUCAAUGAGGCGGCCAAGUAUUGUGCGGUACCUACUUACUACUCAGCAGCAGUUCCAUCGUACUACGUUGAUCCGAAUUACUACUCCGAGGUUUCAUUUACUUCACCAAAAUCUACGCUGCCCCCAGUUACUACACUGAAGCUCCUGUUUACUGCAACACCAAGGCACCCGAGUAUUACACCACUACUUAGGUUUCUCCGACCUACUGUACCGAAGCUGCGAAGUAUUCCACUGCCCCGAGCUACUAUACCGUUAAGGGACUCGAAUGUUACAUCCCAACCUUCACUACUCCAGUUUUCUACAGGGAGGCUUUUACAUACUAAAUCCGAAAUUUCUGAUUUAUUUAUCUUGAUAGUUAGCCUACUAGUCACUGGUAAUCGUUGUUGAUCUCAAUGAGGAAAUAUAUUUUUAAAUGGAAA